UGCUUACAGCGACCCCCCUGCCUGGCCUAGACCAGAGUCCUGUGAACCAUCUCAACCCUUUCCUCCCUGCAGGACCUCCUCUGCCCACGUUUGCCUUCUCACCAUUUGGCUCCAAACUCUCCUCAGGAUCCAGACAGAGGCACAUCCAGCGACGCGCUCACUCCAGGAGGAAAUAGACUUGUAGAGGACAUUUCACAUGCACCUGCACGGACUGAAUGUCAUUAUACCUCAGUGCUUUCUUCUCCGUUUCCUCUUGCAGAUGUGCACUGACACUUAUGAACUGUACAUUUAAUAAUUCACCGCUUGACAUUAAUUUAAUUGUUUUGUUUUCACCAAGUACAAACAAGAAAUGAGGAAACUAUUUGCAAGUGCCACAGGAGACCUCAUUGACAAUGCUUAUUGUAUCACGCAGCACAAAGCAGGACUGAACUCACAACAUGUUUUAGUAUUUGUAAUUAAUUAAUUUAAAAUUGCCUUGAGAUUUUAGUUUUUUUAACACUGUUAUGCUUUUAUAAUUACUUUGCAUUUUUUAACCAAAAACAGAACAGAACAAUAACUUUGCUUUACAGACGUGUGUAAUAAUAUAUUGUGAUUUGUGACGUGCUGACAUUAAAAAGCAAACACUCGUACAAACUAUACUUUCUCAAGGUUGGUGUUUAUAUGCAUGAGGGCUGGUUCACAUUUCAUUGUACUGUAAAAAAAAUAAAUAAAUAAGGGUAUUAGGUGUCUGAUUUAGAAGUGGAAAAACAGGUCGACUGCGCACACAAACACUGCGGUGCAUUCACUGGUCAGUGCAUUGAAUAUGAACUUAUCUAAUGUAUAUUGAGGAGAGGCAGUUUCAAUAGAAGGUUGCUCUUUGCACAGUUGGCUUUAUCAGGGACAGCCUGUCUGCUGGCACGCUGGCUGUGAUUGGAGGCUUCAGGCUGCAGCAGGUGAAACCUGAGAAGCUGUUAUGAGCACACCUGUGAGCCACGCCCCUCUUUGUCCCUGCCAGUUUCUGUUCGGAGUGUGUAGGAAAUGGCAGCAGCAACAAUCUCUAUUGAACAAGACCAGUUUUGUUGUUCAGUGUGCCUGGAGGUUUUAAGAGACCCGGUGACGAUCCCUUGUGGACACAGUUACUGCUUGGACUGCAUUGAAGACUACUGGAACCGGGCCAAGCAGAAAGGCCAGUACAGCUGCCCUCAGUGUAGGCAGACCUUCACACCGAGACCUGUCCUGAGUAAAAACACAGUUCUUGGGGAGGUGGUGGAAAAGUUUCAGAGGUCUGGAUUUCCAGAUGAAGCUCAACACUUGGCUAAACCUGAGGAAGUGAAAUGCAGUGUCUGCACUUUGAGAAAAAGCAAAGCUGUUAAAUCCUGCCUUGUUUGCUCGGAGUCUUACUGUGCGGCUCACUUGAGAGUCCACGAAGAACGCUUUCACGGGAAGGCCCAUAAAUUGAUCCCAGCUUUAGAGCAGUCGAGAGAGAAGCUGUGCCCACAGCAUGAUAAGUUACUGAGGCUGUACUGUCGCACUGACCAGCAGUAUGUCUGUUCCCAGUGUGUGAAAGACAGACACAAGAGCCAUAAUGUUGUCUCAGUGGUGGAUGAGAGAGGAAUGCAACAGAAAAAACUCGAAGAUACAUCUUUGAAGUCUGUGCAGAAAUUGAAGGACGCGGAGAAGGAACUUAGAUAUGUUGUCAGAUACAUCAAGCACUCUACAGAAGCGGCAGUAGAGGAGAGCGAGAGGAUUUUCUCCAAGCUGAUCCGCUCCAUCGAGAAACAGAGCUGCGAGGUGAAGGAGGUGAUCAGGGUCCAGGAGAGAGCGGCCGUGAGUCAGGCUGAGGAGCUGCUGGAGAAGAUACAGAGGGAGAUAGGCGAGCUCAGGAGGACUGAUGCUGAGCUGGAAAAGCUUUCUCGCACUGAGGACCACAUCCACUUCCUUCAGAAGUGCAAGUCCCUUCACUUCCCUACAAAGACUGUGGAGAUGCCCAACACUGACGCACUUCCAUACAUGAUGUAUAAAACCAUUAGAGGAGCCUUGGCAGAUCUCAAAGACAGUCUGGACCAAACACUUGAAAGAGAAUUCACCAGGAUCUCUGAUAAGGUUAUGUCACUGAAGGAAACCAGCAAUAAAAAUACCUCUGAGAAGACUAAAGCAACAGCUAAAGACACAGACACCUCAUACGACGCAGCGCCGAAGACAAGAGCUGACUUUUUACAAUAUCACAAUGAUAUAACCCUGGACCCAAACACAGCCAAUCCCUAUCUGAGUUUCUCUGACGGUCGAAGAGGGGUGACCACGCGCUCUGAGCCACAGCCCUACCCGGAUCACCCGUCUCGCUUCACCAACUGGGCCCAGGUGCUGUGCAAAGCUGGGAUGGCCGGGCGCUGCUACUGGGAGGUAGAGUGGGCUGGUAACGGAGGGGUUUCCAUCGGCGUCUGCUACAAAAACAUAGGCAGGAGUGGAGGGGGGAGCGACUGCAAGCUCGGACACAACUCCAAAUCCUGGAGCCUGGACUGCUCUUACUCCGUCUGUUCAUUUCAGCACAAUAAGGAGAGUGUGACCGUCGCUGCUCCCUGCAGCAACAGGAUAGGAGUGUAUCUGGACUUCAGGGGUGGAACUUUGUCUUUCUAUAAUGUUUCUGAUACCAUGGUUUUAAUCCAUAAAGUCAAGACUACAUUCAACCAGCCCGUAUACCCAGGAUUUUGGGUGGGAUUGGGCUCUACUUUGAAGCUGUGCUCUCUGCCCUCUCAUCAAGAAUAACAGCUCUCAAGUAACCUUGUUAGUUUGGGGUUCAAAAUACUUAGAAUGGAAUAAUCAUGAAACAGAGACAAAGGUUUGUGCUCAAAACUUAGCAUUUAAUAACUGAAAGCCGGGAGCAGCAGCAACACUUUGGUGGAGCCGGGAAAGAGCUGGUGGAGCUUAGAUCUUAUUGAAGGCAGCGACAUCUACACUCUGGAUCUACAAAGGAAGGAAAAUCAUGUCUGUGUAUUUAUUUGAACAUUUAUGGUGUUUUAUGUUUGAUUGUGUGUCAAAAGUAUUUUAUUUAAAAUCAAUAAAGCAUUUAAUGUCAUACAGA